AAGGGGGGAGGGGUUAUCGAGUUAAGUAGCAACAGAUAAGUUAAAUGGUAUACCUGCAUACAUUACUUGAACCGUGACUCACAAAAUUCACCAAGGAUGACACCACAUAGAUGGCAUCCCAGGUAAAAAGUUGUUUAUUGCACACCUGGACAAAACCCUUUCCGGUGAAUUUUUCUUUUAUCGAGAAAUAGCGUGUGUGGAAAUCAUAUAAUAUCAACACUAUCUUCGUCUUCAGAACCUCAAUGUGAGAAGGGGAUAUUUUUACUCUUUUAUCAAUAAUUAAUAUAUUGUUAUUAUCCACACAUGGAAGAAACUUGUGAGGUGUUUACAUGUAAGAAUACUGACCCUGGACAGUUACGGCGAUCAGUUAGCGAGGACAGUGAAAUACGUCAAAGGAAAUACAGACUGAGCUCGUCGGCUACCCCUUCUCCAUCAGAGGAAAACAAGAGUUUCUCCAAUGGAUUUUACCAUAAGAACAUCACGGGAUUUGAAGGCGAACCAUCUACAACAAAUGGGAAAGGAACACCCGCCUUUGACAAUUUAGCUUACGCAUCACAUGAUGAUGACAAUGUUUUCAAACCCAAAACAGACAUUUAUUUCGAUCCCUCAAGUUUACAGAGAAACCAAAAGGGACACCAAAAGGGACACUUAUCUCGCGUUGAAAGUGCUCGUGAAGAAAAUGUGCCAGAGAAGAAAGGAGAAAAAAUAGGCUUGAUUCUCUUGUUUGUGUUGACUGUUCUCGGGUUGUUGGCUGGAGUAGCUGUGAUAUUAUACGUUCAAGUUUUCAAAGAAAAGUCUUCCGAUCCAUCCAUACAAUCGCCUGUGAAACUAGUAGGCAGCGUAACCCUAAAGGAUGCCUGGAAUGAGGAACUACGCAUUCCUUCGUCUCUCAUCUACAAUACCACAGCUGCCAACAUCACUUCUGAAAUGGACAGCAUAAUGCAAAAUGGUAAAUUGUCAGAGCUUUACAUUGAAACAAAGGUUUUAUCUUUCAGUCCAGGUAGUAUUGUAAGCAUAUUAGAAAUCUAUUUCAAAUCAAACUAUGGAUCAGUGUUCAAAAAUACGGAGGAAUUAGCUUCAGCUGCUGAGUUUGAAAUCAUUGGAGCCUCUCAAACUGGAUAUACAAACUUAGAUGUUCAGUCUGUGAAUUUAACUGGAGAAAUAAAAACAACAACUUCUUCACCUGCAACCCAGUCAUCAACAACUGCUUCAACAUCCAAAUCAACAGAAACAUCAACCUCAUCCACAACAGUGAGCUCUACAUCAUCAACAUUGGCUCCAUCCAGUCCAUCUCCAUCAACCACACUUGAACCUACUACUACCACACCAGAGUUGACUACAACAACCCCAGAACCAAUUACCAUCACUACACCAAAAUCAACUACCACCACUACACCAGAACCAACUACAACAACACCAGAACCAACUACAACAACACCAGAAUCAAUAACUACUACACCACAACCAACCACAACCACCCCUGAACCAACCACCACCACUACACCAGAACCAACUACAACAACACCAGAGCCAAUAACUACUACACCACAACCAACCACCACCACUCCUGAACCAACAACCACCACCACUCCAGAACCAACUACCACCACCACCCCUGAACCAACAACCACCACCACUCCAGAACCAACUACCACCACCACCCCUGAACCAACAACCACCACCACUCCAGAACCAACUACCACCACCACCCCUGAACCAACAACCACCACCACUCCAGAACCAACUACCACCACCACCCCUGAACCAACAACCACUACCACUCCAGAACCAACUGCCACCACAACCCCUGAAGCAACAAUGACCACUACCACAACUGAAACAACUACCACCUUACUAUCAACAACUAAAGAGCCAGAUGGGUGUAUACCACUGACUGUGGAGGCCUGCCGGGCUUUAGGGUUGAACACCACAAAGCUACCCAACCUGCUGAACCAGACAAGCAUUCAGGAGACCCUGACUGUGCUGGAGAUCUUUAAGAUGCAGAGCUGCUCCGACAACGCCAUGUUGUACCUGUGCACUAUAAUGUAUCCAAGCUGUGAUGACCAGAGUCUACCUUGUAGUGACUUCUGUCGGAGUGUUCAGAGAGAAUGUGGCAAUAAUUUUGAGUUGGCAAAACCGUCCUACUGUGACAAGCUUCCAUCCACUGACUGUGUGAAUCCAGAGGUAACCACUACCACUACCAUUCAAACCACUACCACUUCAGUAACUACACCAUCAACUCUCCCUACCCCUACCACUUCACCGGCAUUAUGUUUGACUCUUGAGAUCCCUGAAUGCCAAGCAGUGGGCCACACAAGUUUCAUGUUUCCAAACUUUUUUGGUCACAACUCUGUGGAGGACGCCAUGGCUCAUUUAGCAUUCUACAAGAAUCAGAGCUGUUCUGCCAGCUCCAUGUAUUACGUGUGUAAUAUGUUAUUCCCCAAGUGUGAUCCAGCAACUGGACUAUUCAUUUAUGCAUGUCAGGAUCAUUGUAAUGCUGUCUAUACUGCCUGCCCAUCUCUCACAUUGGCUGAACCUUCACGCUGCAAUAUCCUACCCACAUCAAAUUGUGAACCCAAAAAGGAGGAAGAAUUGUGCCUGACCCUUGAAAUCCCUGAGUGCCAAGCAGUGGGUCACACAAGUGUUACGUUUCCCAAUGUCUUCAACCACUACUCUAUUGAGGAUGCCAUGAGUUACUUUAACAGCUUCAAGGGGAAAAGCUGCUCUGCUAGCUCCAUGUACUUCCUGUGCAACAUCUUAUUUCCCAAGUGUGAUCCAGCUACUGGACGUAUGACUUAUGCAUGUCAGGAUCAUUGCAAUGAUACCUAUGCCUCCUGUCCCUAUCUACAAUUGGCUAGCCCCAAUUACUGUGCAGCAUUGCCCACAUCCCAGUGUGAACCCAGCUACCAGUCACAAGUCACCACCACUCAACUAGUCACCACGACUCAGACAGUUGCCACCACACCGACUCAACCAGCAACCACAACAACACCUCAGCCAGAAACCACCACCACUCAACCAGCAUUGUGUCUGACCCUUGAGAUCCCUGAAUGUCAAGCAGUAGGCCACACAAGUGUCAUGCUUCCCAACCUUUUUGAUCAAAACUCUAUCCAGGAAGCCAUGGCUUACUUUAAUUUCUACAAGAAUCAGAGCUGUUCUGCCAGCUCCAUGUAUUACCUGUGUAACAUGUUGUUCCCCAAGUGUGAUCCAGCUACUGGACUAUUCUCUUAUGCAUGUCAGGACCAUUGUACAUCUGUUUCUGCUUCCUGCCCCGGCCUGUCUUUGGCUAGUCCCCAGUACUGUUCUAGUCUGCCAUUUACAAGCUGUGUACCCAUCUACCAAGGGCCAGUCACCACCACAAUCCAGCCAGAAACUACACCUCAGCCAGGGUGCCUGUCCCUUCAGAUUCCUGAAUGUCGAGAUUUGGGCCACACAAGUGUCAUGUUACCAAAUGCUUUUGGACACAACAGUCUAGAACAAGCCACCACUUACUUCAAAGUUUUUAAGAAUGAGAGCUGUUCCGCCAGCGCUCUGUAUUACAUAUGUAAUAUGUUAUUUCCCAAGUGUGAUCCAGCAACGAAGCAAGUUAUCUACCCAUGUCAGAGUCAUUGUCGUGAUGUAUUAUCAUCCUGUCCUACUUUGGCAAUGGCCAACAACACUUACUGUGUCCAACUGCCAACAACUAGUUGUGAACCAAGUUACCAGGAUGCCACCACCAUCACCACCACUCAAGAACCGGAAACCACACCCCAACCAGAGCUCUGUUACACGACCACUGUGCCGGAAUGUCUUGCGGUCAACCAGACCCACUUUCUUCUCCCUAAUGCCUUUGGAGAUAUGACUUUGAGUGCAGCAGUGGAGCGGUUCGGAUAUUACAAGAACGAAAGCUGCUCAGCUAAAUUCAUGCUUUACCUGUGUAACAUGUUUUUCCCCACUUGUAAUACAAGCACAGGAAUGAUGCAAUUUCCCUGUAAAAGCCUUUGCAAUGAGGCAAAUAUGGAAUGUCCGGAUAUGAUGCUAUCAGGUCCUUCCUACUGCAACAGUCUCCCUGUGACAGGCUGUGUAGGAGAAGAGACCACACAAGAAGUCUGCGAGACAAUAAAUGCUCCUGAAUGUAGAGCAAUUGGACUUCACUACACACAAAUGCCCAAUGUGUUCAACCAUCCUGAUCUUGCUACAGCCAAGCAGUUCUUUGAUCAGUUCAACCAGCAGAGCUGUUCCCAGAGAGCAGUGUAUUAUACAUGUCUAAUGGUUUUCCCAAUGUGUGACAGAAUAACUGGAUCCCAGAAAUAUGCUUGUCAGGAGGACUGUUAUGCCAUCAACAGGGAAUGUGGCAAUGCCACUCAGCUAGCUGGCCUUACGUACUGUCCUUCACUCCCGACUGUCGACUCUGGUAAUUGUCAUCAGAUACCAUUAACCACCACCCCUGCCCCCACAACCUCAGUAGCUACAACCAAAACUCCAGGUGUUUGCAUCCCGCUGUCUGUCCCCGAGUGCCAAGCCGUCGGUCGAUCUUCUACAAUGUUUCCAAAUCUUUUUGGACACACCACUCUGGAAGACGCAAAUACAGUUUUUGCAAUCUUCAAGCGUGAUGAAUUCUGCUCCCAGAAUGCCAUGUAUUAUUUGUGCAGUCUUGUGUAUCCAGUUUGCAGUGGAGGUGUUCGGAUCAAUCCAUGUCAAAGUUACUGUGAUGAUGUUCAGGCAGAAUGUGGGACUAACUUUACUGCGGCCAUUAACAAUUACUGUGAUUAUCUGCCCCUGGACCAGUGUGUCAGUGGCUUCCCAGGGGUGUCCACCACUCAGGCCCCAACCACCACCACCUCUCAGGUUCUACUUACUGUCCCCACAACCCUUGGACCAAGGGAAAAUUGCAGUGAGACUAAUCGAUACACCUGCCCUUCAAAUGGUAAAUGUAUCAUGAAAGAGUGGGUGUGUGAUGGGGAACCAGAUUGUGAGGACCAAUCCGAUGAGGUCAACUGUGGUUCGUGUUCAUCAGACCAGUUCACUUGCCUGGACAGAAGUUGUGUUCCGGUCGGUGAACAAUGUAACAAGGUACCGGCUUGUCCAGAUGAGUCCGACGAAAGAAACUGUGUGAGCCUGACCACCCAGUCCAUCCUGCAGCUCUCCUCCAGGCCCCUCUGUUACCAGUCCUGGUCCGACAGCCUCGGUCCAGAGGUCUGCAAAAGUCUGGGACUAGGGAAUUUCUCAAAUGCCCUUUCCAUACAGUAUUUCUCUAGCAAGUACGUCCAUCUUGAUAUCAGUGGCCAAGUGCCCUCACACCUGGGAAAAACUUCUGUCAGGGCUGAGUGCCAAGGUGCUAUGGUUGUGGCUUUGAAAUGUGAACCAAGAGGUUGUGGCCAGAGACUAGUUGGAUCCUCACAAGUGGGCUUUAUUGUGGGCGGAAAUGAUGCAGUUCCUGGCUACUGGCCUUGGCAGGUGUCUGUACAGCUGAAACUACCUGGAGGCACCACCAAACACAUCUGUGGUGGAUCCCUGGUGGCUCCAAACUUUGUACUCACUGCAACUCAUUGUCUGUCCUACCUGGCUGAUAGAAACGUCCUGAUUGGUGCCACUAAUCGCGGGGUAGCAGAAGAAACACAGAAACAGUACGAAAUAAAGCGCGUCAUCAAAGGCCUGGAGAACUUCCAACAGUACGGACCAGGGGACAUAACUCUGUUUGAGCUCAACGAUACUGUUAAAUACACACCCUACAUCCAGCCCAUUUGUUUCGCGGAGGCAGACGAGAAGUUCACCGAGACCUCCAUUUGUUAUGCCACUGGCUGGGGAUACACUACCCCAGGAGACAAGACAUAUUCGACAAUGCUAAAAGAACUGAAGAUGAGGUUAUGGUCCACCAGUAAAUGUAACAGCACAGCACAUUGGAAUGGCAACAUUACAGGCGGCUACCUGUGUGCUGGCUAUCAAUCCAAUCUCAAAUCUGUGUGCACGGGAGAUAGUGGUGGUCCAUUAGUGUGCAAAAACAAUCAAGGAAUCUGGAAACUUGUCGGAAUUUCCAGCUACGUAGCAAUCAACUGCAGUGCUCAAAACCUUCCUAAUGUUUUCACUGAUGUCAAGCAUUACCUCCCUUGGGUUAAAUCCGAAUUGGAGUGUAAAUUCAAGUGUGAUAAUGGCCGCUGCCUGUUUGACCGUGGAAUGGUGUGUAAUCGAAAAAACGACUGCGGGGACAACUCGGAUGAAACAAGAUUGUGCGAUAUUUCGGUGAACUGCACUUUUGAUGACAAUUACCUGUGUGGAUACAAUGCAUCCGGAUUCAUCUGGAGCUAUGGAGCCUCCAACUCCCAAGCCCAGUCCAGCCUCCCUUGGACUGAUCACACCAUUGGUCAUUAUCCAGGUCAUUUCAUGUUCGGAAAAUUUGGCACUCUACCAGAAGCUUCGCUGAUGUCACCUAAGUUCCAGAUCAGUGUGCAGUCCUGUGUGAGAUUCUACUACCUCCGGCGGGGUUACUCCAACGACAACAUGAUUGUGCGUACUUGGGAGUACAGCCUGUCAGGAAUACCCAUAAGCAACACGGCGUAUGUCGUGGGGCCAGACUCCAGCCCUGAUGUGUGGAAACUCGGAUAUUUUGACCUGAGUGCAGGAACAUACCACUUGGAGUUCAUAUCUACAGAGUCACAUAAGACUGCCUUGGAUGAUGUGAAAGUAGUACCAGGCUUUUGUAGCCAGUCAGUGUGUGAUGCAAACAUGUACAGGUGUGCGGAUGAUAAAGCUAAUCCAGUCUGUCUCCCUCAAUCCUCCAUCUGUAACGUCGUCGUAGAGUGUAACAAAGACGAGGCUAAUUGUCAAGCAAAUACCACAAAGUAUACUUGUGAUUUUGAGAAAGCAAUGCAUUGUGGGAUAUCACAGAUAACCGACGACAGAGGAGAGUUUUUGAUGAUGAACGGGUCCUACCUGCGGGAGAAAAUAUUGUACGAGGAAGCCUUCAAUGAGCACACUAACAACGAUUCUGAUGCUUGGAUGUUGUUUGCUUUGACCAACCUACAGUAUCUGGUUGGAAACAGUGUCCAGAUGACACAGAAGCUCUUCCUGGACAACCAGCUGUUUUGUUUGAGCUUCUACUACCGAGCCCAGACAGAUAUGACAUUCAAGGUUUCUCUGGAAUCCAAAGGUGAGGUGUACGAGCUUUUAAGCUUUACAGACAGGAGCACUUUUGAUUGGACAAAAGCCCAGAUGCAGCUCCCCCUAGUGGUCAGUGGGGUUCUCACCUAUCAGCUUGUACGGACGUCCCCACCCCUCAACAAGUACUACAAACCGUACAUGGCCAUUGAUGAUAUAAGCAUUAUUCCUGGAGAGUGCCCAGCUUAUGUUUGUCCGGAGGGAACUCUCAAGUGUGCGUCAGAAAAUUUCUGCUACCUGUCCAGUCAGCGCUGUGACAGAAUCACCAACUGUCCGGACGAAACGGAUGAGGCUAACUGCACGUGUACGGAGAACGAGUUUUCCUGUCAAAAUGGCCGCUGUAUCCCACAGUCCUCUGCCUGUGACAAAAAAGUGGAUUGUUUGGACAAAUCAGAUGAAGGAACUGUUUGUGAUUCGCUGCGCAGUAUGACCUGUACGUUUGAGACCCCCUUCUCCUGUGGCUACACCUCCAAUGAGGGUCUAUAUACCUGGCAGAGACACAGUGGGGCCACUCCCUCCUUCUACACAGGGCCCAUUGCUGACCACACCCUGGGGGAUACUACAGAUGAAGUUAAAAAAGGCCUUGAUCAAAAGGGACACUAUUUCUUUGUGGAGGGCAACGAUGGUGUGAGAGGUGAAAUUGCCGUAUUAACAACUCCCAACGUCACCACAGGGGUCGGCCAAAGUCUAGGAUUCUAUUACCACAUCAUAACAGAAAACGAUUUCACUUUUAUCCAAUCAGAGGGCUUGUCUGUGAUUGCCCAGCUCCCGGAUGGGCGGAGCCAGUUGCUAUGGUGGCAGAACCAGACGUCCAGCUACGAAUGGUUGUAUGGGUGUGUUAACUUACCGGAUAACACGCACCUGAACAUCCAGUUUGUGACCAAGAGGAUCGGCUUGGAUAAUCAGAACAACGUGUUUGAUGCAGAUGUUGCCGUUGAUGAUAUUGCCUUGCUGCUCUUGCCAUGCUCAGGAGAUGCAGUUACUACAGAACCCGUGUCCUCCCCAGCUCCUACUGUUACACCAACAGUUUCAGACUGUGCAUUUAGAUGUGACAAUGGUUUCUGCAUAAAGGCUGAUCAGAGAUGUAAUGGAAUGGAUGAAUGUAGGAAUGGAGAAGAUGAAUUAAACUGUCCCUCAUAACAUCAGAAAGGGACAAUCAAUAUUUAUUGGAAUUUCUGUCUGAUGGUUGUCAACACAUGUAAAUACUAGUACUCAACUCCCAUCAAUUUUGAUGCAAAUCAUACUUAUCUUAAAUGUCCUGCAAUAUUUUUUUUUAUUAUGGG